GUUCCCAUUGCCAUUUGCCAUCGUGACAUGUGCAAUGCUCGGCUGGCUGAGCUGCUGCGUCGCUUCAAGUUGCCCCCUGCCACGUCGCAGGCCGACCUUCGGCGAGCCUAUUACAAGCGGGCAAAGCUCCUGCACCCUGACAUCGCCGGCGAGGCAUCAGAAGCGGACUUCAAGCGCUUACGGCAGGAUUAUGAGGAGGCCUCAACGCUAAUGGGCCAGACAGGGGGCCGCGGUGCACACACCUCGUAUGGGGGCCAGCAGGGCGCGGGCGCACAGACGCAGGGCUUCGGAUGGGAGGAGCCGAGCUGGGACACGCCAGGAGGCCAGCAGUGGAAGCGGAGUGCGUUUGGUGGCAAUUCUGCUUUUGCUGGGGGCGGGUUCCACGAGAGCAAAGUGGACUUUGACCCUCAACAGUUCCGUGAGAGGCAGCGGUCCCACACCCAGCGCGACGGGCAGGGCUACACCUACAAGGCUGGUGGCCGCGGCUCCGCGCAGGCUCCGCAGCGAGCCUUUAAUCCUGCGCAAGUUUUCAAAGGCACGGUUUUGGUGGCCGGCGUCUUUUUUGUGGGCAAGGCGUGGAUCGCCCGUCUACGGCGUGAGGCUGUCGACUUCCAAAGGGUAUACACAUGAGUCAAAGUCUAGUGAGCCGCACGAGUCACGGGACACUCGACAUUUGUUUCACCAGCAGAAAGACUCAUCAA